AUGAACAUCCACGGAGAAAAUUGGUAUCCAGCUACACUACGUCUUGAUAAUGUGAACGAAAGAAAACCCUUGACAAAUAUAUAUGCAUAUGAGAAUAAUCAAAACUUAAUACCUUUGGCAGCAACGGAUUACGCAAACCAAAUUGAAUUUGAUGAAAAAUCUCUAUAUAGACCCUUUCAAGAUCUUCCAUACGCAAUUAAUGAAUCUAAUCGGAAAGAAUUACAAGUUCCAGAACUAAUGGAAUCAGAUCUACGCUCAGAUUAUUACAAUACGUACAGAAAUACAAACAAACCACUAGAAAUUUUAAAUUACAAUAAUACGGUAAACAUUGUUAAUAUAAUUAAAAGAAAAAGGCCUAAUAGAAAGAUUAUUAAAAGAAGAUGUCCAGAUACUAAUAUACGAAAGAGCAAACUGAUUCAAUCUAAGCAAAGCCCCAAAUCGCGAUUUUUAGAAGUUUUCCAAGUUGUAGAAUUUGAAAAUGUGGCGUGUAUUUCAAGUAGCGGUUUGGAAGGAUCUUGUGUUCACGAAUAUGAAUGCGAAUCCAACGGAGGUUCAAUGAUGGGAACGUGUGCAGAUGGUUAUGGAACUUGCUGCGUCAGUAAGUCAUUCAUUUCGUUAAUUAGAACAAUUGCAAACACAUGAUAUAUAGCGGAAAGCAUUUAAAUUCAUCCUCCUUAUUGAUGCAUAUGUGUACAGUAAAAAUGCUGAAUGGGAAUAUUUUUGCAGCCCUAUUUUUAUGCGAUGGCAAAUCAUCGGAGCUCGUCGGUUGGUUCACCAAUCCAGGAUUUCCUUCGCCUAGUUCAGAAGGGUUAUCGUGCAUUUUUACUCUGAAUAAAGCUUCAAAUGAUAUCAAACAGCUACGGUUGGACUUCGUAACUUUCGAGUUACUUGGACCAACAGGCGGAACCUGUAAGCAAGAUCAAUUCGUUGUGUCUGGUCAAAACACAAAUAACGUUAUACCUAUUUUGUGUGGAAUCAACACAGGUCAACAUGCUUAUGUAGAAGUGGGUGAUUCAGAUGGUCCAAUAUACUUUUCGGUUCAAACCUAUUCAUCUGAGAACAGAUUAUUUUCAAUUAAGAUAUCUCAACUCACAUGGGCUGAUGAAUUAGCGGCACCCACUGGAUGUCUACAGUAUUAUACAGAAUCACAAGGAUUUUUGGAAUCAUUUAACUAUAGAGAUAGAUCUGAAAUUGGUAUAGCGCGAAUUCCUAGCUACUUGAACAACCUUAAUUACGCCAUGUGUAUAAGACGUGCUCAAGAAACUUGUAGUGUGACCUACAGCAACAGCGAUUACAUGCAAAUUGUUAACUACGACCUAGGUAAUCAUAAACAAUUAUAUAAUCUUAAAUGAAGUCUUGGUCAUGUUUUGACAAAUUAUUCAGUGCAAGAAGGGAUCUUAGUUUAGAAUGACAUGUAAAGACAACAUUUGUGUUAUCUUCUUUUGAUUGAACUCGAAUAACCUCUGCUUCAAGUAUAAUACAUCUUUUAUUUUAUAUACAUGAAACAUAUAUAAAUAUAUAUAUAACAAAAUAUCGUUCGUAUAAUCAGUCAAAAUCUAAAAAUAAGUUUAAUUUUUGACGUCACGGCACACUGAAACGAAUAUCGAUCUAUGUAUGCAUAAGAUUGAAUUCUUUAAGUUCUGAUAUGAGUAAGAGGGUUGUGAUGUUAUGCGCUAUUUGCGGUCAGGUGACAAUGAGCAUAAAAUAUUAGUUUUUUUUAUAAUUAAUUUAAGAAAUAUUAUUAAUAUAAUAAGCUUGAAAGUAUGUCUAUUGGUAAUAAUAGUACAUGAAACAUUACCAGAAAAAAUAGUAUUUAUUUUCGUUUACCAUUACCCGUAAUGCUAUGGUCAUAUUUUUUUUUUGUUAACAAAAAAAAGUUCUUUGUUUUCAUAUUUUACUAUGGUUGAUUUAAAUUACGUCUUUUGUUAUACUCUAUAUAAUGCAUAAAACAUUAGCUUAAAUUCUCUCCUUAGUAAUUCACAGAUUAAACUAAUAAUUAUAAAGUCUCCGAAAUUACUGGAUCGAUUUAAAAAAAAU